UGUCGUCAUGAGUUUCCGCUCCGCCCCCUUUUAAUAAAGAUAAUAAGGACCAAGGUCGAUCCCCAACAAGCGCAACAAGCUCCGUGAUUUUGCCUCGGCUUUCGGACGACAUUCACACCUUUUAGAUAAUCAGGUAUUUCCAAAGAUGGCUUCUCAGGAGAAGACAGAUUCAUCUCAGCAGCCUCUCCAGUUUGCGCCAUUCAGUAGUGCCCUUGACGUUGGGUUCUGGCAUAAGCUUACUCAGAAGAAGCUGAAUGAAUACAAGCUGGAUGAUGGACCAAAGGACAUCUAUGGAUACUACUACAAUGGUGAUCCAGAUGGGCUUCCUUGCAGACUCUCUCUGGAAUUCAAUGCAUUUGAUCAGUCAGAGACAACUCCACCUCACUGUUUUUCUUCAAGAGGAACACUGGUCAACUUCAAUACGCUGGAUGCUUUCAAAACAUGUGACAAAAAGGCACUGCUUGAUGUGACAGCUGAGCAGCUAUGGGAUGACAUCAGGCAAGGCAGCGCUAUUCAAGAUCCAUCCUUACUGUCUCGGUUCCGGCUUCUGACGUUUGCUGACUUGAAGAAGUACCACUAUUGCUACUGGUUUGCCUUCCCAGCUCUCCUGGCACCAGAAGGAACUAAGCUCAUUCAGCCUCCAGAAAAGUUAGAUAAGGCUAUGGAUCAAGACAAGAUAACAGCCCUUCAAGCGGCUUAUGAUUUAGCUUCACAGUCAUUGGGUCAAGAACCAGCAUUCUUUCUCAUAUCCACAGAGGAUGACAAAACAGUGGUGCUACCCCUGACAGCCUGGGACCAAGUCACAGAUAAAUCUAAGGUAAUGUUUGGUUAUGCUGAUCCCUGUACCUUAGAGCAGUAUCCAGGAUGGCCUCUGAGGAACUUCCUUUGUCUCAUCUCCUGCCACUGGGCUUCUCAGCUGGACCAAGUGACAGUGGUUUGUUUCAGGAACAGGACUAGAGAAGGAAUCAGGAACAGUUCCCAUAGUUUGAUCCUCAGACUACAAGUCCCUUCAACAAGUCCUGAAAUAUCUUGUCCUAAAUGUGUUGGAUGGGAGAAGAAUCAGAGGAAUAAACUUGGUGCCAGGAAAGUGGACCUCAGCUCUAGCAUGGACCCUACAAGACUAGCAGAGACGUCGGUAGAUCUGAAUCUCAAGCUCAUGAGAUGGCGUCUGCUGCCCUCACUAGACCUGGAUAAGAUCUCCCAGACAAGAUGUCUUCUGCUCGGCUCCGGUACUCUAGGAUGCAAUGUGGCUAGAUGCUUACUGGGAUGGGGUGUUCGUACUAUCACCUUUGUGGAUAACUCUACAGUGUCCUUCUCCAACCCUGUCAGACAGAGUCUCUUUGAGUUUGAAGACUCUCUGGGAGGCGGGAAACCCAAGGCUCAAACUGCAGCCGAGAAGAUAGAAAAGAUCUUUCCAGGAGUAAAAACAAGAGGAGUGAGUCUGUCUAUUCCAAUGCCAGGACAUGCAGUAGGCACAUCAGAUGAAGCUAUACAACAAACUAGGGAGUCUGUUCAGAAACUGGAAGAGCUGAUAGAUGAGCACGAUGUGGUCUUCCUUUUAAUGGACACACGAGAAAGCAGAUGGCUUCCGACCGUCAUCUGCAGCAGUAAGAGGAAGAUCGUAAUGAAUGCAGCAUUGGGAUUCGAUACCUACUUGGUGCUACGCCAUGGAAUGAAACCAGCACGAGACCAGCCUCCACCAGACCAGACUCCAUCCUCCUCCGCAUCAUCUGGAGCAGCAGGAGGAGCAGAAGGAGGAGCAGCGGGCGGAGCAUCAUGUUCAACCUCCUCCAUCAGUCUCUCUCAUAUUCCAGGAGAUAAGCUGGGAUGCUAUUUCUGCAACGAUGUUGUUGCCCCUGGCGAUUCAACCCGAGACCGGACGUUAGACCAGCAGUGUACAGUGUCCAGACCUGGCCUGUCCAUGGUGGCCGCAGCCCUCGUGGUUGAACUCAUGGUCAGCAUUCUGCAGCAUUCACAGGGAGCCUAUGCAGCAGCCGAGACCAGUGCCAAGGACUCUCAUCUUACAGUUGAUCUCACAUCACCGUUAGGUCUCGUACCUCAUCAGAUUCGAGGAUUCCUAGCCCGCUAUCACUGUGUUCUUCCUGCUAGCCUGUGCUUUGAUAAGUGUACAGCAUGCUGUGACAUCGUCUUGGCUAGCUACGAGAGAGAAGGGUUUGACUUCCUGCUCAAGGUGUUCAACAAGCCACGGUUUGUUGAAGAUUUGACGGGGCUCAGUCAGCUGCACUUGGAGAGUGAGCUUAUAGAGAUUCUUGAUUUCAGUGAUGAUGAAACAAUGAGCACAUCUUCUCAAUGAUUCCAGCAUCUAUCAUUCCUCAGACUGUGAGAGGACAGUGAUGUCACUGGAUGGCAGCCAGAUAAUCAAAGAGAGAGAAGUUCUUUAUGAAAAGAAAACAGAGAAAGAUAAAUAUAUCAAAUUGAAUGAGAUACAGUCAA